GUGCACCAAAGGGACCGGACAUACACCACAGAGCUUCAGUGAGCUAGUUAUAGUCUUGCUGUACUUUAAACAUCUCAUUGUGUAAUGGCCCAAGCCAAAACUGAUAACAUCGACAUUUCUAACGGCACUGUUAUUCAUUGUCCUGUCGGCUUGGGAAUGGAGAUGGAAGAUCGGAGGACUGUUGAGGAAGAUGAGGAGGAUGAGGUGGAACUAGCUGAAGAGGUGGAUGAGAACAUUCACAUUGGGGGUGAAGAUGGUGCAGUAGACAACGAAAUGACCUCAAUGGACAUCACCGUCUAUCAGACAGAGCAGAGAAAUUAUAUCACGAUAGACAUGGAGGAGAAAACAUCACAGCCUGGGCCAGAAAGUGAGGUUUCCCAAAGUGAAAUAAAAGCUGGAGAGACAGAAAAGGAUGGACAUACAGAAAUGGCGAUUCCUGAACUACAGGUUGAAGUUGAAUUGUCAACAACGACCGAAUCGCAGCCUCACGCUAGCAUUGAAGAGCUCGAGGAUGCUCUCAAAGAUGAUCAGGAUGAGAUGGAAACACAUGAAGAAAAUGAGAUCCAACCUGAGCUUUUCUUCUUGGAGGUACAUGAAGAUCUGAAAUCUGUGUCCAGUGAUGAUGAAACACAUCUAGAGGAACACAAAGAAGAGGAGGAGGAGCCACAAGAAGAAGAAGAAGCACUGUUGGCAUUAAGCAACAAUGAUGAGGGUGAGAUAAACAUAGAAGAAGUGGAUGAAGAUCCGGGGAUUGAUAUUGAAGAAAACCUCGAUGAAGACCAAGAACCAGCCACAAAAGAAAUGCAAUGUGAUAAUGUCACUGAAGGACAGGCUAUGAAUGAAGCGCUUUUAAAAGAGACCUACAAAGCAACUGGUGAGCCAAAACACAAUGAUGCCUUACAGAUACAGAAUAAUGCGAUUGAACCGUCUGUACUUUUCAUCGAUCAGACAGAAAAUCAAAAGUUGGCAGAAAGCAAAUGUGAAAGUGAUGAAUGUGUGCGACAGAUGGUGGACGAGAACGGUUUAAUGAUGGACGAAAGUGAGACGGAUCUACCGUUAGAUGAGAACUGUGAUACCCAACCAGCUAUUGUCAGUGGAUCUGAGGAGACCAGAGGAGAUGAUGAAGAAGACAUUAAAAGCAGUCAGUGUGAGACUGAAGGGGUGGAGAUUAUAAUAGAGCCUGGACAGGUCGAGAAGGAGGAGUCUGCUGCAGAAGAGGGAGGGAGUGAAGAGCCAGAACGGCCACAGGAAGUCCGAAGUGCAAAUCCACCUGACGCUGUAGAAGAGGGGGGAUGCAAUGAACUAGAACAGCCAACCAGGGUUGACAAUGACAAACAGGAGGUUGCAGAGGGAGGAAGCGCAGCAAAAGAACAGCCCAAGCAUGUCGACGAACAGGUGUCAACUCAUAGAGAGGAGGGGGUGGGACUUAGUAAAGAAAAUCCAAACGCUGUCAUCAAAGAUGAGCCCAAGAAGAAAGCCAGAGAGGGGGGACGUAAAGUGACAAUACCUGCCUGGUUAAUGGCCAGCGAUACCUUAGAUGUCCAGGAGUCCUUCGACAGUCGUAGCAGAAACGUCAGUGGUGGUAGUAAAGGUGUGAAAUUCAAAGCCCCUGAGGUCACCAUGGAGGUCAAUGGGAUGUCACCAUCUCUAGUCCAACGGGAUGAAGAAAAGACCACGAUGAAGAUGAGCUCAAAGGAGGAAGAUGUCUCCGAUUCUGAUCCCAAUGAUCUGAAGAUCUCUCUAUAUGUGAAGGCUGGCAGUGAUGGUGAAAGCAUUGGAAACUGUCCUUUCUCUCAACGAAUCUUCAUGAUUCUCUGGCUGAAGGGCGUCAUCUUCAACGUCACCACUGUUGAUCUUAAAAGAAAACCAGCAGAACUGCAGGAUCUCGCACCGGGCACCAAUCCACCGUUCCUGACCUUCAAUGGAGAAGUGCUGGUGGACGUCAACAAAAUCGAGGAGUUUCUUGAGGACAAAUUGGUUCCACCACGAUAUCCAAAGUUGGCAGCAAAGAAUCCAGAAUCAAACACAGCAGGAAUAGACAUAUUUGCCAAAUUUUCUGCCUACAUCAAAAACCCUCGUAAAGAAGCCAACGAUGGUUUAGAGAAAGUUCUUGUGAAGUCACUAAAGAGACUGGAUGAGUAUUUACAGACUCCACUUCCAGAUGAAAUCGAUGCCAAUAGCACAGAUGAUUCUGGUACAUCUACACGCAGUUUUCUGGAUGGACCGGAUCUCACGCUGGCCGACUGCAACCUGCUUCCCAAACUACACAUCCUGAAGGUUGUUGCCAGGAAGUACAGAGGCUUUGAGAUUCCUGCUGAGAUGAGCGGCGUCUGGCGAUAUUUAAACACAGCUUACCAGAGAGAAGAGUUCAUGAACACCUGUCCUGCUGACCGAGAGAUUGAGUUCGCUUACCUGGAUGUUGCCAAAAAAAUCAAAUAGAUCAAAAUCAAGUUGUUCGCUCUUUAACUACUGUGUGUGUGUGUGUGUGUGUGUGUGUGUGUGUGGGUGUGUGUGUGUGUGUGUGUGUGUGUGGGUGUGGGUGUGGGUGUGUGUGUGUGUGUGUGUGUGUGUGUGUGUGUGUGUGUGUGUGGGUGUGUGUGGGUGUGUGUGUGUGUGUGUGUGUGUGUGUGUGUGUGUGUGUGUGUGUGUGUGUGUGUGUGUGUGUGGGUGUGUGUGUGUGUGUGUGUGUGUGUGUGUGUGUGUGUGUGUGUGUGGGUGUGUGUGUGUGUGUGUGUGUGUGUGUGUGUGUGUGGGUGUGUGUGUGUGUGUGUGUGUGUGUGUGUGUGUGUGUGUGUGUGUGUGUGUGUGUGUGUGUGUGUGUGUGUGUGGAUGUGUGUGUUUUAUUUGCAUUCCAGAAAUAUUCACAUACUGAAAUGCUCUUCCCAACAACUGAGUCAUUUAGCUUUAGCAUAGGUUAAAACGAAUCAUGAACAAAAGGCCAUGAGUUAAAAAUGUUGUAUUUACAUAACUGACCCAAUAGCUUUAUCAUUUAGUUAUUUAGCUUUAGCAUUUGUUCAAUCAAAUCAUUUAAAAGAACCAUGAAAAAGAAACCACGAGUUAAAAAUGUUGUGUGUGAUCGUUGUAUUUGCAUUUCUAAAACAUUCACAUUUUUAAAUGCUCUCCAUGAGUCAUGUAGCUUUAGCAUUGGUUCAAACGAGUCAUUUAAGAACCAUGAAAUGUUGUAUGCUUGUGUGUGUGUACGUGGGUGUGUUGAAAGGACUUCAUUAUGUUAGUGAAUUGGUUCAUUCAGACAGUUUGUUCAAAUGAACCAGUUUAAUAACUGAUUAAUUGAUUCAUUUAGAAGUGUUCACAGAAGCUCUUGAAUAAUAAUAAUAAUAAUAAAGUUAACAAUAAUAAUAAACGUAUUAUUCGUUUAAUCAUGCUGCCAUUUUUAAAUAUUUACAUGUUUAAAUGCUCUCAUUUAGCUUUAGGAUCGGUUCAGACGAAUCAUUUAAAGAACCAUUUGUACAAAUUAGUUAUUUUUUAUGUUGUAUGCUUGUGUGUACUUGUGUGUGUGUGUGUGUAGCCGUGCGCUCACUGGAUGAGCUAUAUCUGAGAUGUUUUCAUUGAUUGGUUGGUUGGAUGAUUUUUUUCUUUUAUUUAAUGGCAGGACCAGCAGUAUGAGACCAAACACAGUAAUUAAGUUUUGUUGCAUGCUUCACUUUUGUUAUAUUUUAACACCGUAAUAUCUGUUAUCAUGGAUGAUAUUAACAUUUAUAAUGUUCACUAUGGCCUUGACCAAUGACUUUAUCGCAUCUUAAUAAUCUAUAGAUCUUAAUAAACUUUAUUCUUCAUAUAUUUAUUCUGUUUUCAUCAGAAUCACUCAUUAUGAUUAAGUCAGGCCAGUUUAUUUAAACAUUUCUCUAUAUAAAAAAGAAAGUUAUCUUACAGCAUUGCAAAUAUGCUUAAUUAAUCUUUCCUUUAUGUUAACCCACAGGUUCAUUUUCGACAGAUUGUAGUUGCUUUGUAAUCGGUCUGCUUUCAUUUAUAUUUUGAUUGUGUUUAUUUGUGCACGUGUUAUUUAUGCAACUCUGUAACCUUGAAUGAACGCCUUAUGAUCCUCUGAUUCAGUGACUUGAAUUAAACUUAGCAGAAAAUGUCA